UGAAAAAAAUUGUCUAUGCUGUGUUACGGGAAAGUUGUAAAUAAUUUCAAAGAAAUUUUUAAACAAGGUCCCUUAAUUAUAAAUUGUGUUGGUUUAAAAUACGGUGUUAUUAUUAUAAUCAAAAAAAAUUGUGAGAGUGAUGAAAAAUUUUAUAAAUUCACCCAUAUGAAACAAAAAACUAUCAUUGCGCACGAUACCUCAACGCCAUUUUGAAGCAAAUUUUGUAUGUAAGUGCCAAGUAUUUCGCAAUAUUUUAGACACUAACCCUUACGAAAGGGCUGCGGUAAAUUAUUGUCGAUAACAGUGAACUGCGAAAGUACACGGAGCCGGGAUUUAGUGAUGAAGUGUAUCGAUGAACAAUCAAAAUCUGUGGUGCCAUCGAGGUGGGUUGCAGUAUCGUUUAACUGGAGCUAACAUUAAUUAAAUUAUUUAGUGAAAUUAAAGUGACAUAAUAGACAGCCUUAAGGCUCGGACUUGUUAUUAGUGCAGUCAGCACAAUUGGAUAUAGGAAGGUAUUAAAAAGAUAGAUGUCAGAAUUUGGCGUGACUGGUGUUAUCGUUGGCGUUUCCGACAAUUGCAGAUAGCGGACGUCGCGGAGGAUGGCCUGGGGCCACAGGACUGUUCUAAUUAAGUGACGGACGCCGCCGGCAUCCAGCUGGCACAGGCUACAAAAAUGCCAAGACCAGGCAGUCUAAAAGAUCCAGACAUUGCUGAGCUGUUCAGCAAACAUGAUCCAGAGAAAAUAUUUGAGGACCUACGAGAGAUUGGUCAUGGAUCAUUUGGGGCAGUGUAUUAUGCACGCUGUAAUCUUACAAAAGAGAUUGUGGCCAUUAAAAAAAUGUCAUACUUAGGGAAACAGAGUGAAGAAAAGUGGCAAGAUAUACUGAAAGAAAUUAAAUUCCUGAAACAACUGGACCAUCCAAACACUAUAGAAUAUAAAGGAUGUUACAAAAGGGAACACACGGCAUGGCUGGUUAUGGAGUACUGUGUCGGUUCUGCGUCUGAUAUAAUUGAGGUUCACAAGCGUCCGUUGCGCGAAGAGGAAAUCGCAGCCAUAUGCGAAGGGGUCGUUUGCGGUCUCUCGUAUCUCCAUAGUUUAGGUCGGAUCCAUCGCGACAUUAAAGCCGGUAAUAUUCUCCUCACCGAGAAUGGAACCGUGAAACUUGCAGAUUUUGGUAGCGCGAGUAUCAAGUGCCCGGCUAACAGUUUUGUUGGGACGCCCUACUGGAUGGCGCCAGAGGUCAUACUGGCCAUGGAUGAAGGCCAAUAUGAUGGCAAGGUGGACGUGUGGUCACUAGGCAUAACAUGUAUAGAACUUGCAGAGCGGAAGCCACCGUACUUCAACAUGAACGCCAUGUCUGCUUUGUACCACAUUGCACAAAAUGAUUCUCCUACAUUGCAGGCUACAGAGUGGACUGAUAUAUUUCGUUAUUUCGUAGAAGCUUGCUUACAGAAGAAUCCACAAGAUCGGUUGUCCUCCACGAAGCUUCUGUCUCACGUGUUUAUCACACGUCCUCGUUCCCCUAACGUUUUAGUGGAUCUCAUACAGAGAACAAAGGCUGCCGUACGGGAUCUUGACAAUCUCAACUACAGAAAGAUGAAGAAAAUAUUAAUGGUGGAUGUAGACAACGAAAGUGCUAUCGGUGACAGUGAAGAGGCAAUUGAGGAACCUUCAGGUGGGGACAGUUCUAAAUCAAAUUCUGCGACGUCCGAACAUAGCGCUGCUGGAGCUUCCAGUCAAAGUUCAUCAUCAGGUAGCUUGAGAAGACGACCUCAUGCUAUAAACGCAAAUCACCAACACCAGCAGCAAUCACAAUAUCAAUAUGUGAACCAUCAACCAUUAUUACAUUCCACAAGAGAGAGCAAGGGCUGGCUUUACUCAUGUUGGUGUUUCGUACGCAGAGAGAGCGAGAGCCCUAUUCCUCCGCCCAACGAUGACUACGUGAACAAGGACGUAAUGAGAGAAUAUGCCAACCGGGACUCGCUCGGGGACGACUACGGAGAUGACUACGCCAACAGGGACGCCAUCCGCGAGGCGCGCGAGCGAGACAGGGAGAGAGAGCGCCACUCUAACGACUACAGGGAGUACGUCAACGCGCCCUCCACCUGGCAGCACAGUGGCGACGACAACCGGAACACGCAGCGACGCCAAACAAACAGAAGUAUAAGCAAUAACGUUUCGGCGGCGAUGUCUCUAGUUUCCGAGCACGGAGCAAACAACUUUGCCACGAUACGUACCACCAGUAUUGUCACAAAACAACAGAAGGAACAUAACCAAGAAAUGCACGAGCAAAUGUCAGGCUACAAACGUAUGCGGCGUGAGCACCAAGCUGCCUUACUGAAGCUGGAGGAGCGGUGCAAAGCCGACGUAGACGCGCACAAGGCGCAGCUCGACAGGGAGUACGACUCGCUGCUGCAACAACUCUCCAGGGAGCUGGAGCGGCUGCAGACAAAACACGCUCAAGAAUUAGAAAAGAAGCUGAAACAGAAUACGGCUGCAGAAAAGAAGUUGAUAAAGGACAUUACGACACGACAAGAUCAAGAGCGUAAGGCGUUCGAAACUCAACGCAAAAGAGAAUACAAGGCUAACAAAGAACGAUGGAAAAAGGAACUAAGCAUGGAUGACGCAACGCCCAAGAGACAGCGGGAUGCUACCUUACAGUCUCAGAAGGACAACCUGAAGCAAGCAGAAGCUGCAGAGGAAGCGCGACUCGUGCGAUCACAGCGAGAGUACCUUGAACUGGAACUGAGACGGUUCCGAAGACGUCGGAUGCUUGGACUGCAUCACAAGGAACAGGAGCUACUCCGAGAGGAACUAAACAAACGCCAACAGCAGUUAGAACAAGCGCACGCGAUGUUGCUUCGGCAUCACGAAAAAACGCAAGAGCUCGAAUACAGACAACAGAAAGGCGUUCACGCGCUUAGAGAGGAACAACUCUCGAACCAACAUGCGACGGAGCUUUCAAAUCAGCGCGAUUACAUGCAGCGAGCCGAACACGAACUCACAAAAAAACAUGCAUUGCAACUCAAACAACAACCCAAAAGCCUUAAGCAAAAAGAAAUGCAAAUACGUAAACAGUUUCGUGAAACCUGCAAGAUACAGACCCGUCAGUACAAGGCGCUCAAAGCGCACAUAUUGCAGAUCACUCCUAAGGAGCAACAAAAAGAAGUAAUUAAGACGCUAAAAGAUGAGAAACGACGCAAACUUGUGCUGCUCGGGGAACAAUAUGACCAGAGCAUAACUGAAAUGCUUCAGAAGCAGACCGUCAGACUUGACGAGAGUCAAAUGAUGGAAUGCCAGCAAUUAAAGAUGCAGUUGGAGCAUGAAUUAGACAUGCUGACUGCCUACCAGAGUAAGAGCAAGAUGCAAGCCGAGGCGCAGCGCAACCGCGAGCGGAGGGAGCUCGAGGACCGGGUCAACGUCAGGCGAGCGCUACUCGAGCAGAAGAUGGAAAUGGAGAUGGCUCAGUUUGCGGCGGAGCGAGGCGAGCGCACGCGGCUACUGCACGAGCGCCACGAGAGGGAACUUGCUCAGUUCGACAGUGAGAGCGUGCGUCUCGGCUUUAGUGCACUGGCGAUCGCAGAAGGGAGCCGCGAGGGUUACGGCGAGGAGGAGCAGUCGCUGUCGGGCUCGAUGUUGUCGCUGGCGCACAGCAACUCCUCGGCGAGCUUCGCGGCCGGCUCGCUCUAACGCCGUCUGUCCCUCUCAUGCUGUUGCCAAAAUCGUAAUCUUCACUCUUAUAAAAAUCUGCAUGUACUACGGAGAACUUGCGCAUAAAUAUAUCGACGCUUGAAAGGCAAACGUGACUAAACGACAAUAACUGCUUUGUACAUAAAAAUGAUAGGCAAUAACCGUAUUCGA